AUGACAGCAGGUGUGGGUUCUGGCCUGGCCCGGGAAGGUCUGAUCCAGAGCAUCCUCCUCACAGGCCAUGCCUCACAGGAUACACCCCACCCAGCUCCUGAAAGUCUGACCACAGAGAUGUCUUGCCAGCAGAGCCAGCAGCAGUGCCAGCCUCCUCCCAAGUGCACCAAGUGCCCUCCCAAGUGCCAGACCCCAAAAUGUCCCCCAAAGUGUCCCCCUAAGUGCCCUCCAGCCUCUUCCUGCUGCAGCCUUGGUUCUGGGGGCUGCUGUGGCUCCAGCUCUGGGGGCUGCUGCAGCUCUGGGGGUGGUGGCUGCUGCCUGAGCCACCACAGACCCCGCCGAUCUCUCCGACGCAGACACCAGAGCUCUGGCUGCUGUGACAGUGGUGGCAGCAGUGGCUGUUGCAGCAGUGGAGGUAGCAGUGGCUGCUGUGGCAGUGGCCAGCAGUCUGGAGGCUCUGACUGCUGCUGA